AGCCUCUCCCGACAGAAAGAAACUUCCCCCAUCACUUUUCUUCUUGGCGAUUCUAGGUUUUUGUAAUCCCCCUUUUCCCCCCUCUCGCGUGGAAAAGAUGAUCCAGCUUCUGUACACCGUGAUCCUCGCCGAAAUGGCGCUGAUCCUGACCCUCCUGUUCAAGACCCCUCUGCGGAAGCUGGUGAUCAUGGCCUUGGAUCGGGUCAAGCGGGGGAGAGGGCCGGUUGUGGUGAAGACGGUGGCCGGGACGGUGCUCGCCGUGCUCGGGUCGAGCCUGUACAGCAUGGUGAAGAUCCAGCGGCGCACGGUCGAGGCCGGGGCUGUCAAUCCCACCGACCAGGUCCUCAUGUCCAAGCACAUGCUCGAGGCCUCUCUCAUGGGAUUUGUGCUAUUUCUGUCUUUGAUGAUUGAUAGAUUGCACCAUUACAUAAGAGAACUUCGUUUGCUCAGAAAGACCAUGGAGGCAGCCAAGAAACAGAGUCGAGGCAUUGAUGAGGGAAAAAAUGGCAGUGCAGAGGAGGUCAAAGGCUUGAAGGAAGAGAUUGCCAUCCUGAGGACAAAAGUGAAGAAGCUGGAGAAUGAAUACGAGACAAAAGACAGAGAAGCCAAGAAAGCUGAAGCUGAAGCCGAGGCUCUGAAGAAACAAUCUGAAGGCUUGCUCCUUGAGUAUGACCGCCUGCUUGCAGACAACCAAAGUCUUCGAAGUCAGUUGGAGUCUAUUGAUCUCUCCUUGUCCAAUUCUGAUGGCAAGAAGAACACCUAACGAAGAGUUUUCUGGAGCAGGCGAGUUCUUGAUCUUGUUUCAUUAGUGUUUUUCAGUAGAGAUAUGGUUUUUGGGCGGGGAAGACUGCAUGGCUGUCGUGUUGAAUCUGCUUGUACAAAGUAAAGAACAAAACUUUGCAAACUUGCUGGUUGAGGACGGAAAUCAUGGUUGUACUCGGUAUUUACUCUUUGAUCAUUCCUCAUAUCUUUAAUCAGUAUAGAAUGACAGCAAAUGGGAUUCUCAAU